GCGAUAAAAGCCGCGGAUGCUGAAAACGGUUAAAGUUUGCGAAUAUUAUAAUAAAAAGAAGAAGAGGAAGAAGAACCAGAACCAACAUCAUAACUGGGGCUGCUGAAGGAAGCAGUUGGUUGACGGUGUUGUCAACCAUUGAGUAGUGGGUGGGUCGAGAGAAAAAAUGGCUACCCUGUCUGUAAGCGAGCCACAAGAGAUGGAAGUUGACAGGAGGGGAGAGUCUGAGGAAUCUGGUGAUGAUGAGACCAAGAGAAAGAGCCUUAAUGGAGAAGUUGACCUCCAGCAAGCCUCGACAGCUCCAGAGGAGUCGCCUGUUGACAUGGAUACCAUAACCCUUGACCCUAAUGAAGAGGAUGUGGAUUUGGUCCACUGCCGAAUUGGGAAGAUUGAAGGACUUGAAGUCUUGCAGAAGGCUAAGACUCUUUCUCUUAGACAAAACCUCAUCAAAAGGAUUGAGAACUUGGAAAGCCUUGUUUUACUCCGCGAACUGGAUCUCUAUGACAACCAGAUUCGAAAACUGGAGAAUCUGCAUGCCCUGACGGAAAUUGAGCAGCUAGAUGUAUCCUUUAAUCUACUGAGAAAGAUUGAAGGUUUGGAACAACUAACAAAACUCAAGAAGCUCUUCCUCCUGCACAAUAAGAUAACAAACAUCACCAACCUUGAACACCUCACUGACCUUCGAAUGCUGGAGCUUGGAUCCAAUCGUAUCCGGAUUAUUGAGAAUCUAGAUACUCUUUCCACUUUGGAUAGCUUGUUUCUUGGCACCAAUAAGGUCACUCAGCUCCAAAAUCUGGAUGGGCUGCACAACCUGACAGUCCUCAGUAUUCAGAGCAAUCGCAUCACAAAACUAGAGGGACUUCACAACCUGGUUAACCUGAGGGAGCUCUAUUUGAGCCAUAAUGGCAUUGAGGUCAUUGAAGGCCUGGAGAACAAUAAAAAGCUGACAACUCUGGACAUUGCAGCAAACCGGAUAAAGAAAAUUGAGAACAUAAGUCACCUCUCAGAACUUCAGGAAUUUUGGAUGAAUGACAACCAGAUCGAAAACUGGAGUGACCUAGAUGAGCUGAAGAAUGCCAAAGGUCUCCAGACGGUGUACCUGGAACGAAAUCCCCUGCAGAAAGACCCUCAGUACAGGCGCAAAAUCAUGCUGGCGCUGCCCAGCGUCAGACAGAUUGAUGCCACCUUUAUCCGCUUCUGACCUCAUGCAAUCCGGCACGUGAUGCACAGUGCCAGUACCUUCUCUCCAUAAACCUCGUGUGUCACCUUCAUCUUCAGCUUGCCCCCCCCUGCUGUCCUCUCACUUCCCAUUCCUCCCCCAGUACCCUUCUUUUCAUCAGCUUUAGUCAAAUAAAAUGCACAGCACGCUUAUGGUGGCCCACACACGGUACCCUUUAUUUUCUGACAGACACACACACGCACGCACACGCACAUGCCCUUCUUGACCUAUGCUUUUUUUCUGCUAGCUUGAUCAUUUCAUUUGGCUUGAAGGUGGUGACCCUGCUCAUUCUGACCUGAGAAGAGAAAGCAUCUGGUGGCUGCACGUGGUCAGCAUGGUGGUCGUCUUUUCCCUUCACAUGUGUGUUGGGAAAUGACUGCACUGUCAUCAACUCACACACGCACCUUUUUCUUACCACACAGUUUAACAUGAUGCUUGGUUUGAUAUAAUCUUUCUUUCUUUUCAGCCUUAACCUUUCAAUCAAAUUUAAGAAUAUCUUUGACCAGGUUUUACAGAUCAAAGAACGUUUCAUCAAGGCUUUGCUCUGUUCAUAUGUAGAUACAUUGCAUAAGAAUUUAAUGAGUGUUUUUGUGUGCGUAUGCAUGUGGGUGCAUGCAUGUUUAGGCAGAUGUGCGUGCGUGCGUGCGUGUGUGUGUGAGAGAGAGAGAGAGAGAGAGAGAGAGAGAGAGAGAUCCAUAUGAUUUGGUGGACAGUAUUGUAAUGUGAUUGACAUCGUUGAAAUUAUGGGAUAAAAUGGAUCACACUCCAUAGCUAAAAAGCACUGAACGGAGUCUGAACGGAUUUGGCUGGGUGCACUCAUAUUUAACAUUGAUAUGUGAAGUCUUACUUGAGGUUUGACAAAUAUGGCAUUCUUUGCCCUUGAUUUGUGCAACAGCUUUAUUCAGUAAUAAUUCAAUAAUACUGCAUUAUCUACCUGAAUGGGAACAUUUUAAAGCUACAGUCAGUACCUUGAAGAUUGUUGUAAAUCAGGAUGUAGCUUUUAUAGUGAAAAUGCUGCUAUAGAUAGUUUGGGUUUCUCAAUGUAAAUUGGAUGUUUCACAAAAGUAUUGAUGUGUUUUGUCCAUACACAUUUAAAUCAUCUAGGAGAUAUCAGCCUCACUUCUUUUCAUUAUAGACUUUAUAGAUGUAGAUACAUGAAAUAAGUGCAUAUUUAAAUAAAAAAUUUAAAAGGGUCAUAUUGUUUGAUACAAGUGUAUUUUAGAUCUUAAAAAUAUACUGAUUGUGGCUUUAAAAAUGUUCAAGGGUUGAUAUAGGUAGGUGGGUUUUAAGAAUAAUUGGAUAGGGCACAUACAGUAAAAUGGUAGGAAAGGAGGGUUUUAUUUUCUUAGUGGGAGUAUAGAUGGAAUGGUUUCAGUGGGUAAUUUUACCAUUCCUACUGAAAAUGACUCCAUCAGAACAGAGGGAAAGAUCUGCAAGGCCUGCUGAGUACUGGUGCUUUUGUAAGAAAAGCCCACUGCUCAAUUCAAAAUAACUGGUUUGUUGAGUAUCAGAGUUUAUGCUAAUCUCUGCAGAAUCAUGGCUUCGUUUUGAGUUUCCUGAUAUUGUCCAUGAACACAACCUAGAUCACAGAGCCUGUCUAACGUGUUACUCAAGCAAACCAGUUUUAUUUAGGAUUUGUUUGAGUUAGCUUUUUUCUUACAUUUAUUAUUUUGUUUGAUUUUUAAAAAAAUUGUUUUACAAUUGCUUGUUUUGAACUGAAUGUAUUAUAAGCAACAAAAUAAUAAACUUAAUUUAAAAGGUG